AUGCCGUCUGGAAUUCAAUCAUUUCUAAGUCAUAGAACAAGUCAAUCGUCAUGCUAUUCUGAUAAUGUUUUUCUCUCCACAUCAGCGAUCAGUUCAUCUUUGUCCCUGCAUCAUGCGAAUGUGGCGAGGCACAUGCCAGUAGAUUCACAGUUUUUAGCCAUACCAUCAUCUACAUCGAUGAUUUCAUCGGAUCAACAAACGUCGAAUGUGUCCGACGCGUCUGGCCAAAGUGGUAUUGAAUCAUCAAAUUUACGAACGAGUAUAUCUGAACUACCCCAUACAGCAAGCAUCAACGAGGAAGAAGAGGAAGAGCAACAACAGCAAGGAACUAGAACAAAAACCGAAAAGAACUUAUUGCAUUUACAGCUGAAGCGUUCCACUUCGGGCUCGUCGAGAUCAACGCAAACUGCGAGUACAGAAAGUUUACCGACAUCUGGGAAAAAACCACGAACACCAUACGAUCAAAGAUUACAUGUCCUGCGUCAAUUAGCAUGGUUAUUGGAGAAACGACCACCCAUUCAUCCACGAUUGAAUCCAACACGUCGAAAACCAGCUCAAGCGCUAGUAUCCGCUCGUUCGUCUAUUUCGAAUGAAAACUCAAAUCAAGUACAUUCAUUACCUAUCAACUCACAUCGUCCUCAUUCACCUUCAUCUUCACAGGCGUUAACAUCUUGUGUUGAUCCUCUAACUCAAAGUUAUUCUUCUAUACGUAGUAUUCAUUCAGAUUCUAGUCUCAAUCCAUCUUUAAUCAAUACCAAAGCACCAUCUUCAAAUCCAAAUCCGGGCACAACGUCACUUAAUUCUUCUCUUCACUUGCAACGCAAUACACCUUCGUCGAACACUAAUCAAUCUCAGCGAAGACGAACCGGUCAGCAUCGCCGAAAUCUUAGUGGCCGCGCUGCCGUUCAUCGAGAUCGUAAGAAUUCCUUUUCAAAGUCGAAUACAAAUAAACUUGAUGAGCAGUCAACAACUUCACAAACCACUCAACAACAAGCAGGUCCUUUAGUUCGUGACAUCAAAGCCAUUCUUGAAGAACAUUUAGCAAUGAUUAAUGAUUUAAUUACGUUGGUGAAAUAA